CACAAGUACUCGUACGGUUGACUUAAAAGUCAACAAAAUGGUCAGUAUUUAUGUCCAACGUUGUUGAAGACGCUCACUCGCACGUAGGGUUGUGUCUGAAAAAAAGGGAGAAGAACCAUCAAUUCUCACGAGCCUACACACUCAGCACACACACACACACACUCAGAGGUGUAAAACCGUAUAUCUCUUUUGGGUCACUCCGGAUUUCUUUUCUUGAUUUUCCGGCGAUCUCACGGCGGGUUCUUGAUUUUCCGACGCUUCUGGUAUGGAAACACCUUUCUGUGCAAUAGUUAAUUAGCAGAAAAUAUCGUGAUCUCCAAAAUGGUAAUGGAGCGUUAUUACGAUACUCACGAUGUUCUACACGACGUGAAAAGUAUGAUGGCAAAUAGCAAACAGUUGGAUGAAUUGAGAAGAGUUGUGGAAGGAAAUAACGUCGACCCCAAUUACCAACUUUUUCUGCUCUCCGCUUUGAGAAGCGCAAAUUCUCACAAACACCAAAAAGAAAUUGAAAGGGAAAAUUUCGUUUCUGUAGACGAUGAUUCUGAUAGUCGAACCGAAUCUGAUACUGAAACCGAUUCUCAACAAAAGAAAUUCUUGAAUGGAUUGAAAGAACAUAAAAAAACUUACGCCUUCGACACUGAGAUUGAUGGCUCCCAUGUUUUCAUCGAAUAUGAUACGGACAGUGAAACUCAUUCUGAUGACAGCAAAUCGGAAUACGAAAGUCGAAGAAGGAUGAAUCAUGGUGGAUUCGAAAUCCAAGAUCAACCGGCUAAAGACAGUAGUACUAUGAAGAGUAGUCCUAGGUUAUCGCGUGUGAGCAGGGGAGAAACUGUGUUUCCGGCUUAUAAGCCUUCUGGUUAUCUGAAGGUAAAAGGGUCAACAAAGAGUCAACAUGGCCACGAUGUGAAAGUGCAAUCGGGUGGAAAGAUGGGUAUAGAAAGGCGUAGAUUAACAGGAACUAGGCCCGAUCUUUUGUCUGAGAAUUCUCGUACGAGGGUGAACAAGAUUCAUCGCGAGUUCACUAAACAAGUUAAGGAGGAAAAAGUUUGUAGCCAGUUAAAAUCGAAGGUAGACAAAGGGCAUUUCAGUCCAAGUCGUAAAGUUGAUCGAGAUCCGAAGUACGAGGCUUACCAAAGAAGACAAGAGAAAUUUGUCGGUGGUAAGAAUGUGAUGGAUGAAAAUCAGUGCAUGCAUUCUUAUCAUGCUCGGAUUGGUGAGAGAAAAGAGGUACAACAAAAUAGGAAAAAAUGUGACGUGGCAGAUAAUAACAUGUGGGACCGUGCCGCCGAUCAAGGAUUGGUCAAGGGAAAGAAUGUGAUUAGGGAAGAUUGUGGGGCCCGCGUUGAAACUUCAGCUCAUAUAGAAAAUGGGAAUUUAUGUCAGAAGCGUAGUCCGAGGAAUAAUCUUCAUAUGAAAGAAAAUCAUUGCAAGCAUGUUGAUAGGAAACUAAAGGGGAAAAGUGUGGUUCAAGAAUUCGAUGACAACUUAUAUCAUAGUCUUGGUCCGAAGAAUGACUAUGAAGAUUGUAAUAAAGUUCAACCAUGUAAGAGAAAAAACGAGGCGCAUGGACACAAAAGAUUGAUAAAAGUCGAACGUUCUAGUCCCAAGACUGAAAAAACUCCGCUCGAACAUCGUAAUAAUAACGUGAAAGCUCGACCGGUUAUGGUGAAGGGAAUCGGUACCAAAAUCAAGAAUGUUGAGUUUGAUGAACGCCUAGUGGGGUGUAAGAGAAAGAAGAGAGAGAAAGUUUUGGUGGAAGAAUUCGAGGAUGUUGAAAUCCUAAACGGUGAUGCACAUCUCGAGAAAGGAAUCAUGGGCUCCUUUGUUCGUUCAAAGAAAUUUCAUAAAAGUAUGAGGGAAGACGGCUCGCAGGAUAUUAGCGAUCCGAGUGGUUUUAGAGCACGUGUCUUAAGUGUUCUCAAGAAACCGUUUGAUAAAGCGGAGUACGUUAGGCAUCAAAAGGCAAUUGAAGUUGGAUGCUAUUUUGAUUAUUAUCCCGAUCUUGGAAAUAAACUCAAAAAAUACCGAUACAAAAAGGGAAAACGAUUGACCAUCCUACGUGGAUUUUUCUUCUGGCUCCAGAAUUUGACUCAAGAAGGAGCGUUUCAACCUUGGAAAGAUCGUGAAUGCCUUGCUGUGGAGCCUCGAUCUCUCGCCUCAUCAAGCUCUACAAAUGAUGAAUCUGAAUCGGAAACUAAAUCUGAAUCUGACGGUGAAGAUUAGUCGAAAGGCAAUAUUCCCGCGUCGCCUUUUCGUAGAGGAUAAUAAUAAUAGUAACUUUUUUACAACACAUGUAUUAAAUGUUGAAACAUGGUUAGUUUGAGAGGAGAAUAUUUACCAUUUUACUUGAAACAUGGUUAGUUUGAGAGGAGAAUAUUUACCAUUUUACCCUUGAGAAUGAACAUUAAAAAAAAAGGUGGC